AUGUCAGAUCCACGCUUUAAGAGGCUAAAAACCGAUCCUCGCUUCCGUCCAAUCAAGAAAAAGCAGAACAAGGUCGUUGUCGACGAGCGCUUUAAGAGCAUCCUCGACCAAGGAAAAAAGAAGGACAAGGUCAAGGGUCGCGUUGACAAGUAUGGCCGCACCCUAUCCUCGACGCACGAGGAGGACAACCUCAAGCGAUUUUACCGCUUGGAAAACGAGGACGAAGACGAACCCCCCGCUCGGCCAGACUAUGCUCGUGGAGGCGUCCUCAUGGAAUCCUCGGACGAAGAAGACGACGAACCAGAUGUGAGGGCAGGCGAUGACAGCGACAACGAUGAAGGAUUCGUCACUCUUGGAGGCGACGAUAUUAACGAACCAGAAAUUGAUCUCGAUGAGGACACUAUUGCCGACUUAGAUGCCCAAGCGAAAGCCUACGCAGAGGCAAACCCAGAACAAGAUGACGACGACGAAGACGAAGUCCCUCGUACACGGCGUAUUGCAGCUGUAAAUCUUGACUGGGACCAUGUCCGAGCAGCCCACUUAUACAAGAUUUGCGCUUCUCUCGUCUCUCCCACUGCUCCCUUGGCGAAGCCCAAGCAGGCAUCCAACUCUCAACGGGACCCCAAGAAAGCUUCCCAGGUGAACGUGGCUCGUGGCCAGGUUCUGAGUGUCGUGGUAUACCCUAGUGAUUUUGGAAAAGAACGGAUGGCAAGAGAAGAAAAAGAGGGUCCACCUCCAGAAAUCUUCAAAAAGCAAAAGAACGAACAAGAGAUUACCGAGAAGUCCUUGUUCGAAGUCGGCGGCGAAGACGAAGUCGACGAGACAGCUUUGCGAAAAUAUCAACUAGAACGUCUUCGGUACUACUAUGCGAUUAUCACUUGUGACACUGUCGAGGCUGCAUCACACAUUUACGACGAACUCCAAGGUACAGAAUUGGAGCGCUCAGCAAACGUCUUUGACCUCAGCUUCGUACCGGAUGAUAUGACCUUCGAAAAUGAACCAAGAGAUGAAGCAACUGAAGAGCAAGCUGCCACCGUAAAACCUCUGGAAUUCGUUACCGAUGCCCUCCGCCAUUCGAAAGUCAAAUUGACAUGGGAUGAAGACGACCCUGAACGAAAUCAAGUCACACGACGCGCACUCUCAAAACAAGAAAUCGAGGAGGGCGACUUCCGCGCAUACAUUGCCAGCUCCUCCGAGUCUGAAUCUGAAGGGGAACCGUCUUCCUCUAAAAAGAGCAAGAAGAAGGACAGAGAGAAGUUACGCAGUUUGUUGUUAAGUGGGAAUAACGACGCCAUGCCGGAAGGGUGGGGAGACGACGGUGGAAGCGACGUCGACAUGGAGAUCACGUUUACGCCGGGCCUGACAGGGAAGGCAGACAACGGGGACGAGACGACUCUGGAGAGAUAUCAGAGGAAGAUGAGGGAGAAAAGAAAAAAGAGGAAGGAGGAGCUCAAAGAGAAGGCGUCCUCAGGCAAAGGGAAAGAAUCUGCGAUUACGGACGACUUCUUUGAAGCGGACAGUGAUUCGGACAGUGAUGCGGCGGCCAAUCGCUCGAAAGGCAGCAAGGGCAAGAAGGUACAGAGCGAGGAGCCAGAGGAUGAAGGGAAGCGGGAAGCUACGGCAGAGGAGCUGGCCCUCCUCGUGGCGUCUGAUAAGCCAGGCGCGGAGCCUCAGCAUUUCGACUUCAAAGCAGUUGUCAAGGCGGAGAAAACCAAGUCAAAGAAGAAACGCAAACACCAGAAGGGCAAGGACGACAAGAAUGAUGAGCUCCAGGAAGAUUUCGUCAUGGAUGUGCAGGACGAUCGAUUCAAGGCCCUUCACGAGGACCACCAGUUCGCAAUCGAUCCAAGUAACCCCCACUUCAAAAAGACUAAGGGGAUGUCAGCGUUGCUGGAGGAGCGGAGGAAACGAUUACACAAGCAGUCCAACGAGCCAUCCAAACGCUCGGCUUCUGAAUCGAACAAUAAUGAGGACAAGAGUCUGGAGAAACUGGUGGAAAGCGUUAAGCGAAAAACCCUCGAUGCUCACACUCACGGGAAGGGAAAGCGGAGGAAGCUUUGA